AUGAAUCAUCGCUUUCAAAAAUUUCUCAAUUCAUCAUCACUUCUAUUCAAAAUUAAAUUUGAUUCACCAUCUGAUGAAUUAUACACAAUAGCCUAUGAACAGCUUAUACUUCUUAAUAAAUAUCAAAUACAUUCAUUACAUCUAUGCAUAUCAUCACAAAACGAACAAUUUUUCUCAUCAUUUUCGAUCAAUUCGUCAUUCGAUCAUUUCGAAUCACUUGUUCUUAGUGAAAUUGAACCAACUAUACUCAUCGAAUUUCUGUCCAAUUUAACUUGUUUACCUCGUUUAUUCUCACUAACAAUCGAUAUGUUAUAUAAUUCAACCGAAUUAAGUGAUAUCUAUCAAUUAAUUUUUGCAUUGCCAAAACUGAAAUAUCUCAAAUGUUCAGCAGAAGAUUCUGAUAUAAACGUUUCACUACCAUUUUCUCUCAAAGGUCAAUUCAGUACUAUUGAAUAUCUUAUUAUUAAUCAUUCUUGUAGUUUCAAUGAACUUUCGGCUAUAUUAACUUAUACACGUCAACUUCGUCAUUUGAAUUUUGCACAUACAAACGAUAAUAAUUCGACCAUUGCAAACAUAUUACCAAUAAGAUUAUCAAAUUUAACGUAUAUCUCUUUAAAUGUACAUUAUUUAAAAUUUGAUGAAUUUACAACGUUCAUUAAAAACUUAGAUUGUAAAUUAAAAGUUUUACAUUUUAUCACUCGGUCUGAAGAUAUGACUUAUCUAGAUGCUAAUCGAUGGGAAGAAUUAAUUCUAAAAUAUUUACCUGAAUUAGAAAAGUUUUAUUUUCAAUAUUACGACAUGAUUGAUAAUGCCUAUGACUCUUCAACAUAUCUUGAAAAUUUUAAUCAAUUCGUUUCAUCAUUUUGGAUUGAAAAAAAAUGGAUAUUUGAAACUGAAAUAGAUUCAUUUGAAGUUAUUUAUAGAAUUCAUUCAUAUAAAGAAAGAUGGUAUAAUAUCAAUUCAUCCAUUGAAUCUUCAAACUCUACUCAGCUUACAUUCACGUAUCCUCCUUGUAAUGAAUAUUUAGAAUUAUCAAUAACCGAUAUUCAUGGUAUCUUAAAAGUAGCACAGUUUUAUCAUUUGGAAAUUGGCAAAGAAAAAAUUGAUUUUGUAAUAUUAAUGGAUAUAAUAUAUAUAUUAUCUGAACUUGAUUCAUUAAAAAUUCAUUCUUUGUCAUUAUCACCAACAAAACAUUCAUCUAUAAAAAACAUAGUUCGUCGUUUUAUAUCAAAUAAAAAUCAAAUAACUAAAGUUUAUCUUGAACAGAUGAAUGAAAUUGAAGAAGUUUAUUUCCUUAUUAAAUUUUGUCCUCAGAUGAAUUAUCUUCAAAUCAAUUGUAUUAAUAUUACGAAUAUUGAAUUAUUUAUAAGAGAGAUUUUACAUAAAAUUAACAAUGAUUGCAAUCAAUAUCUUUAUUCAUUAUGUCUUCGUAUUCCAACAGCAGAUGAUAGAAUCAUUGAAAAAUUAAAGGAUAUGAUCAAUUCGAACAAACUUCUUGUUUGCUAUACAAUCAAACGUGUAUUUGAUGUUAUUUAUUUGCAAUGGAAAAAUGAUUAUCAUAAAGAUUUUAUAUAA